AUCACCGAGAGGAAGCGGCGCAGGAGAGGGCUUGUACCCGGCCUGCUUAACUUAGGAAACACCUGCUUCAUGAACUCUCUGCUGCAAGGCUUAUCUUCCUGUCCCUCUUUCAUCAAGUGGCUGGAGGAAUUUACAGCACAAUACAAGACAGACCAGAACGAGUCCACUGGGCGUCAAUACUUGUCACUUACUUUGCUGCAUCUCCUAAGAGCUUUAUCCUGCCAAGAGGUAACAGAAGAUGAUGUCCUGGAUGCAAGCUGCCUGUUAGAAGUUUUAAGGAUGUACAGGUGGCAGAUCUCAUCAUUUGAGGAGCAGGAUGCUCAUGAACUAUUUCAUGUCCUUACCUCCUCGUUAGAAGAUGAACGAGAUCGUCAGCCACGUGUGACACAUUUGUUCGAUAUGCAUUCGCUGGAGCAGUCAGAAAUAACCCAAAAGCAAAUAAGCUGCAGAACAAGAGGGUCUCUUCCCCCUGUGUCAAACCACUGGAAAUCUCAGCAUCCUUUUCACGGAAGGCUGACCAGCAACAUGGUUUGCAAACACUGUGAACACCAGAGUCCUGUCAGGUAUGAUACCUUUGACAGUCUCUCACUGAGUAUUCCAGCAGCUCUGUGGGGUCGUCCUAUGACGCUGGACCACUGCCUCCAUCAUUUCAUCUCCUCUGAAUCUGUAAAGGAUGUUGUGUGUGACAACUGCACUAAAAUUCAGGCAGAAGGGACUCUGAAUGGACAGAGCAUAGAAAACCAGAAAACAACAUUUGUUAAGCAAUUAAAGUUAGGAAAGCUCCCGCAGUGUUUGUGCAUCCAUCUGCAAAGACUGAGCUGGUCAAACCAAGGCACUCCUCUGAAACGUCAUGAACAUGUACAGUUCAAUGAGUUCCUGAUCAUGGACAUCUACAAAUACCGCAUUCCUGUUCAUAAAUCAAGCCAGAAUGAGCUGAAUCAGAAAAACUCUGAAGAGACAACACCUGGAACAAAGGAUGGGAUAGCAGUAAAACCUUCAGAUGCGGAACAGCCAUCUGGUACUAAACCUCUCUUUAUGAAUGGUGCCUGCUCCUCUUCAUUUUUAAUGUCCGCGGGAACUUUUCCACUUGCUGCAUUCCCUGAAUGCAGUUCCCCUGUAUACCUUUACCGUCUGAUGGCAGUUGUAGUUCAUCAUGGAGACAUGCAUUCUGGACACUUUGUGACUUACCGCCGCUCUCCACCUUCUCCUAAGAACCCACUCUCUGUCAGCAGUCAGUGGCUAUGGAUUUCAGAUGACACCGUUCGCAAAGCUAGUUUGCAGGAAGUCCUUUCUUCUAGUGCUUACUUGCUUUUUUAUGAGCGUGUUCACUCAAGGGUACAGCACCAAAGCUUGGAGUUGAGGGCUGAAGAGUGA